AUUGUUCAGUACAUUGGUGAGGUUUGGAAGGAUAAAGCUCCUUUGCUCCCCUCUGAUCCUUAUGAGCGAUCUCAAGCUAGAUUAUAUGAUGCGGGGAGGAAGACAUGGACCACAACAGGCGAAGCGCAGGAGGCCGCAAAGAAGGAAUUCAUUGAAGUAAUCAAUACCUUGGAAGGGCAGCUCGAAGACAAUCCUUAUUUUAGAAGCGAGACCUUUGGGUAUGUCAACUUAUCUUUGAUCCCUUUAUAUUGCUGGUUUCACGCAUAUGAGACGUAUGCCAAGUUCAGUGUAGCAGCAGAGUGCUCCAAAUGCAUUGCGUGGGCUAAGAGAUGUAUGCAGAAGGAAAGUGUUGCAAAGUCACUCCCUGAUGAGAAGAAAAAUUUGGGAUUUGUUGCAAUUUAG